AUGGGUUCAACCAAGUUUACAAAUCCGUAUGCUAUUGAAGUAAUGCGGACUAGAAGGAAAGAGCUAGUUGGUGGAAUCUCCAAUACGGAAGACUUACUGGACCUUCUGGUCUCUAAUGGAGUGCUUCUACCUGAGAACAGAGUUGUUGUGUCCAGCAUUACAGCACGAGAGGAAAAGAACUCCCGAAUGCUCAGCAUCCUGAUGUCACGAGGGGAACGGGCAUGUCGGAUCUUUUUCUACCCCUGUCUGAAGAGUGCUCAACCUGACCUGUACCAGAGCAUGAAAGCUUAUGUAGGCCAGCUGAAUGAAAACAUUAAGGAUACACGAAGGCAGCUGAUUGGAUAUUUGCUGGAAAAAGAUAGACAUGGGCCAAUUAAAAAAAUACAUGAUGCCUCUAGGAAUCCUUCGAAUGAAGGAGUAGAGCAGAAAUCAAAAAAGACAGAGCUCCCUUCUUCCUCAGACAAGUUAAAGAAGAGCUCUGCAAAACCUGAAGAAUCAUCAAAUGCCAUUCUCAAAGCAGUAUCUUCAGGUGAUGUGCCGCUAUUACAGGAACUUAUAAGAAGCAUAAAUAUCAGUGACAGAAAUUCAUCAUCUGGUACCAUCCUACACCUUGCUGCAGAACAUGGCCAAGUGUCAGUUAUAAACUUUUUGCUUCGUCAGGGAGCGAAACUGGAUUUGAGGGAUGGCUUAGGUCGCACUGCCCUCCACAAGGCAGCAGAGAUGGGUCACACAGCGGCUGUAGUGGCUCUUGUAAAGGCUGGAGCUGACAUCUAUGCCACAGACCAAGCCUCAAAAACUCCCCAACAUUUAGCAGCACAAAAUGGACAUGAGAACACGGUCAGAGCGCUGGUGAUGGAAGAAAGAAGAAGCUUCAAGAACCAGACUGCAUUCCUGCACAUGGCUGCCAUAGCUGAUGACUCUGUGCUUGCAGAAAUUUUGCUGAGAAAUGGUGCCCUGGUAGACACCCGUGAUAGCCACAAGAAGACGGCACUCUUCCAUGCCGUCAGCCGAGGAAAUGAGAAGACAGCUGCGGUGCUUCUUCAGGCUGGAGCUCAGGUAGACCCGGGAAUUAUUGAUGCUGCAUUCGAGCUGAACAAGAAGUCUGUGCUGUCUCUGCUUCAGAGGAACAUUAAGACAGCAAUGUCUCGAAAUGAUGUCAAAUCUAUACUGUUCAAAGCGGUACAGAGGAAUUUGGACGGGAUUGUGACUGCUCUUAUUGACAGUGGAGCUGAUAUUAACGUGUGCAAUGACCUGGGUUACACACCACUGCUCCUUGCCAUAGAGCUGAGCAAUCUAGAGGUCUUUAAAGUGUUGGUAUCAAAUAAAGCCCAGCUGGAUAAGAGACUACCUAAUCAGAUGUCUGCUCUUCAUCUGGCCAUCCAAAGUGGCAGUGUGCCGAUAACAGAGAUAUUACUAGAUAUGGGCAUGGACCCCAACACAAUUGGUGCCAAAGAGCAAAUGCCUCUUCAUCUUAGUGCCAUUCACAACCAGCCUGCACUGAUGGCCCUGUUGCUGCACAAUGGGGCUCAAAUUAAUGCAGUGACUCAGGAAGGGUUCACUGCCCUCCAUCUCGCUAGCCAGAGUGGACACAAGGAGGCUGUGGCCCAGCUGUUGGAAGGAAAGGCAGAUGUCCAUGCACAGGACAGACAGGCUAGGACAGCGCUACACUGGGCAGCUGCUAAAGGUGACGUAGGCAUCGUAAAACUGCUUCUUUUUGCUGGAUCGAAUGCCAACGCUGUUGAGAAAGACAGAAAGACUCCAUUACACCUGGCAGCGAUGGGAGGACAUGCUCAGACUGCCUCAACCCUGCUUAAUGCUAAGGCAAAAGUUACAGCCAAAGACAUGGAUGGAUGUACAGCUCUGCAUUAUGCCGCUAAGAACGGGCACGUACGUGUAGCCGCCGCUCUUCUCACCUCUGGUAAGAAUAAAAAUGUGAAUGAGAGGAACGUUUGGAGGAGGACACCUCUGCAUUUGGCUGCAGAAUAUGGGCAGGAGCGUGUGGUCGGUCUGCUGCUGGAAAGACAAGCCAAGAUCAAUGCCAUAGACAAUAAUAAAGACACGCCAUUACACUGGGCCUGUCGAACAGGGCAUAUGGGCACAGUGCAAAAACUGGUGAACUGGACUCAUGGGGAGAAGGUAAACCUCCAGGCUACUAAUAACGUCAUGAAGACACCCCUGCAGGUAGCAGAGGCUGAGGGCACCCUAAACCACCAGAGCAUUGCUGUACUGCUUAAGAAGAAGAUGUUUCUCAUUAAAUAA